CCCAAUCUUUAUUACUCAAAUUCACUGCUACCGAAAACCCCACCACCACCGGUCUGCCGCUGCUGCUUCUGUAGAGUAAGCAUGUCGAACGUGGUGGUGUUAGACAAUGGAGGAGGCCUAAUGAAAGCUGGAAUGGGCGGAGAGCGUGACCCGUCGUGCGUAGUCCCCAACUGCACGGCCCGACCGCCGUCCUCCAAGAAAUGGCUACUGGCUGACCAACUCCUCUCCCCGGCGGAGGAUCUCACCUCCGCCACCCUCCGACGCCCCUUUGACCGCGGCUACCUCAUCAACCCUGAUCUCCAGUCAACCUUGUGGGCCCACCUAUUCACUAACCUCCUUAAAAUCACCCCCUCCAGUACCUCCCUUCUAUUAACUGAACCCCUCUUCAAUCUCCCCUCCAUCCAACGCUCUAUCGAUGAAAUCAUCUUCGAGGAGUUCAAUUUCAAGGCCCUUUUCGUGGCCGAUUCCCCGUCUUUAGUUCAUUUGUACGAAGCUUCGAGAAGGCCAUAUGGGUUGGUCUCAAAGGCACAAUGUAGCUUGGUGGUGGACUGCGGUUUCAGUUUCACUCACACAGCUCCGGUUUUUCAGAAUUUUACCCUGAAUUAUGGGGUGAAACGACUGGAUCUUGGGGGGAAGGCACUCACAAAUUAUUUGAAGGAAUUGGUGAGUUAUAGGAGUGUGAAUGUAAUGGAUGAGAGCUUCAUUAUGGAUGAUGUUAAAGAGAAGCUUUGCUUUGUUUCUCUUGAUGUCCCUAGAGACCUCCAGAUUGCUAGGAAACAUGGAAAGGAUAAUGUACUCAGAUGUACUUAUGUGCUUCCUGAUGGUGUCACCUAUACGAAGGGUUAUCUAAAAGACCCAGAUGAAUCAAAGAGAUACUUUACCUUAGAUGACGAGGUCCCUUCUUCCCACAGAGGAGAAAAUGAUUACAUGGAACGGCAGGAUCCUACAGAUAAAAAUCAAGACAGAAGAACAGUCGACCUAACAAAAAACGAAUUUUGUUUGACAAAUGAGAGGUUCCUUGUUCCAGAGAUGAUAUUUCGACCUGCUGAUUUGGGAAUGAACCAAGCAGGACUCGCAGAGUGUAUUGUACGAUCUGUCAAUUCCUGCCAUCCUCAUCUUCAUCCUGUGCUGUACGAGAGUAUUAUUUUGACUGGUGGGAGCACAUUAUUUCCUCGAUUUGCUGAAAGACUAGAGAGGGAGCUUCGACCUCUUGUUCCUGAUGAGUACCAAGUGAAGAUAACAACUCAAGAAGAUCCAAUAUUAGGUGUUUGGCGUGGGGGUUCACUUUUGGCAUCCAGUCCCGAUUUUGAAACAAUGUGUGUCACCAAGGCAGAGUACGAGGAGCUGGGGUCUGCUAGGUGUCGUUCAAGAUUCUUCCACUAGCAAAUAGAUCAUUAAGUGUCCAGAACAACAUGCCAAACGUGCCAUGGAAUGCAUUACAUAUUUGUAAGGUUUGCAUUCGGGCCUCGAAAUUGCAAGGUUCCAUAGCUUUUCAAAUAUAUUAUAAUCCUUGGUUCUGGAAAAAUGUCUCGAUUGUCUUACAGUAUCUGCUAUAACUUGAUAUCAGAAAGAUGCGGUUGAAGAAGUAACGAAUUGCAGUUGGUUCUUUGUGGUUGUUAACUGACUCUGAGUCUUGUCUUUUCUGGGCAAAAUUUACACUCAUCUUCAGAGAGAGUGAAUUGAACGGCUUGAUUUUUCCAUGUAAAUAAAUUAUGAUCAGCGUAAGCCUCUACAGAAUUGUGUGAUUACUAUGUGUACAUGAAAAUUAAACCUGUAAUCUUGUAACAUGAAUUUGGUUGAUCCGUUUUGUUAAUGAAAUGUAUUUUCCUCAUUGAAA